CCGUCUGCCCGCCGGUACCACCGCCCGUCUCAAAACCACGGUCUCGCUUCCCACUGUAUCAAAUCGCCUUUCUCCCCGCCCGCUGGUUGCGCGGUUUCCUGCAACCUAUAAAUCGAGCCGGAGAACCUCACCUGUCCAUCCAUCUCAUCUCAUCCAACUCACACUACUACUGAUCUCAGCUAGGUGUACUUGAGUUCACUAGCUAGCUCUCUCCCACGAAGAUGUCUACGGUGACUCGUGCCCACCUCGACCAGAGGCUCGCCGCCGCCAAGCGCAGCUCCAAAGAGGCUGCCAUGGCGGGAGCCAAGGCCGCGGCCGUCGCCACCGUCGCUGCCGCAGUCCCCACGCUGGCGAGCGUGAGGAUGCUGCCGUGGGCCAAGGCACACCUGAACCCCACCGGGCAGGCGCUUAUCAUCUCCACCGUCGCCGGGAUGGCCUACUUCAUCGUCGCCGACAAGACCAUCCUCUCCAUGGCCAGGAAGCACUCGUACGAGACGGCGCCAGAGCACCUCAAGAACACAUCCUUCCACUAAUUAGACACUUGAUUAGCCAGUGCCAAUAAAGUGUGUACGCAGGCCCGUACGUGUCUUCUGAAACAUAUAGUAGUAUAAUGUUGAGCGAGGCGAUGGUUGCUGUGCGGAAAGGUGGUGUAUAACCCUUUUCUGCGAGCAAGCACUAAUUAUCUGAUGAUUUAUGAUGUAGUUCUCCAUAAUAAUGUGGCCAUGUUCCCCAUCUUACUAGUAUCUUUCCAAAGGUCAUGAAUCAAUAACAACCAUAGUUUUGAUUUUGUA